AUGGGCGAUCCAAGACAGAUGUGGGAGAACCUGCAGAAGGGGCUGCAGAGGGCGCAGCAGCAAGGGCAGAGGUUUGGUGGUGGUGCCGGCGGUGGUGCGCCAACCCCUAGAGGAGCGCUAGGGGGUAUGGCAGGGCUGUUGUUCCUGGGUGGCACGGUCUGGAUGUUCAACAACGCCCUCUUCAACGUGGACGGUGGGCAUCGCGCAAUCAAGUACACCCGUAUUGGCGGUGUUGGCAAGGAUAUAUACACUGAAGGCACCCAUCUCCGAAUUCCAUGGUUCGAGACACCCAUCACCUACGACGUACGCGCCAAACCUCGAAAUGUCGCCUCCCUCACCGGUACCAAGGACUUGCAGAUGGUCAACAUCACCUGCCGUGUGCUUUCCAGACCCCGAAUCGAUGCGCUUCCGCAAAUAUACCGAACCCUCGGUACCGACUACGACGAAAGAGUCCUGCCGAGUAUCGUGAACGAGGUUCUGAAGAGCGUGGUUGCGCAGUUCAACGCCAGCCAACUCAUCACCCAGCGUGAGAACGUGAGCAGACUCGUACGGGACAAUCUCAUCAGGAGAGCGGCGAGGUUCAACGUUCUGCUGGAUGAUGUUUCGAUCACUCACCUCGCCUUCUCCCCAGAGUUCACAGCAGCGGUCGAAGCAAAGCAAGUCGCCCAACAAGAAGCGCAACGCGCCGCCUUCGUUGUCGACAAGGCACGGCAAGAGAAGCAAGCCAUGGUCGUCCGCGCACAGGGUGAGGCACGCUCGGCCGAGCUGGUCGGUGACGCGAUCAAGAAGAGCAGAUCAUACGUCGACCUGAGGGAGUUCGAGAACGCCAAGAACAUUGCCAGCAUCCUGCAGCAGAGCAACAACAAGGUCUACCUGGACACCCAAGGCCUGGGCCUGAACAUUAGCCAGACGGGGCAGUCGGAGAGGCCGAAGCCUAAGUAG